AUUCUGACUGGGCCGCGUGCGCACGUCUAAAAAAUCUCGAUAUAAAACACGAUUUGUGAAAAUAAAUGGUGAAAGUGUCAGUCUGUUUCUGAAUAUAAAUAUAAUCUCGAAAUGAAAGUUCUUCCGGUCGAAGAUAAGGUCGCGAGGGUUGCUAAUGAGAGGCCUUCUGUGGUCACCGAUGUUUCUAAAGAGAUAAGGGAUGAAUUGAACAGAGGCUGUCCCCUAGGCGUAUCACGAGUUAUUGACUUCGUAUAUAUAUGUGGAGCCCACGCUUUGCCCGGUGCUGUUAAGGCCCUGCGACCAAGUCUGGUGGUAAAUGCCGCCCCAGAACUGCCACCACCGCCAGAAGACUAUGUACCGCGACAUUAUGUACCACUGUUGGACACACCGAAUUCCGACAUGCACCCUUAUAUGGAAAGCGUCGCUGACUUAAUAAAUGAAGUCGUCACAAGAGAUGAAGCUGUAUUGGUUCAUUGUGUCGCUGGUGUAUCAAGAUCCGUCACGUUAUGCUUAGCAUACCUCAUUAAAUGGCACAAAAUGACACUUAGAGACGCGUAUCACCAUAUGAAAAGGCGAAGGCCGCAAAUACGACCGAACACUGGAUUCUUUAAGCAGCUAAUAAAAUAUGAAGACAGAUUAUUUGGCGAAGCCUCCGUGAAAAUGGUGUAUUGUGAAGCGAUCGACAAAGAAAUCCCGGAUGUGUAUGAGCCAGAUUAUAGGGGAAUGACUUGGUUCAGACAACGGUAUGGGCCUAUUGAGAAUUGUUAAAAAAAUCUUUUAUUCAUAUAAUCUGAGCACAAUUUCCUAUAUGUCAUUUGACGGAUGGAAGAGUUGGUUCGCGUUAAUGAUUAGAAGUUAAUAAAAUAUAUGAAGUACGGUGCAAAUGAGCUUUGAAAUUGAAUAAUUGAUUUGUUUAAUUGUAAGCCUAGUGUACCAGUAUUUUUACCUUUUGAUUAGAUCUAUUAUACAAUUAUUUAUUUCUUUAAUCGAUAAAUAAUAAUUGACAAACGACAAGUCUGCCGAAGAAUAUCGCGCUACAGUUUCAGCAUAUUUAAUAUUAUUUAACGAUUUCUGUAUACAGGUAUACACUAUUGUAUGUAUAAUUAGGCUAGGAUCAAAAAAGUCAUAAGGGAUAUGUUAACGAAGAUUCGUAGUUAUCCAUGUGACAGCAAAAAUAGUCCAAAAAUCAUAACAUUGUGUGUUUAAGUCAUUAGUGAAACAUUUCCACUAUCCCUUCGUUAAUCAAUUUCAGUUUAGUCUACAAAGAUUUUUAAAUGUGUAUAACAUCGGAUAUACAGCAAAGUAUAAUUUGGGAGAUAUGUUCUUUCGUUCAUACGUUUUGAAUUAAUU